AUGAUCUUCGCCGAAGAGAAAACCGCCUCGGGAUCUAUUGCCGCUCCCCCUUACGCUUUUGGGUAUGAUUCCGCUGCCACCAGCGCUGCCGCUCACAGUGAUACUCCGGCUGCUCCUGCACACGGUCACACUUACGGAGCUCCCAUGGCCGCCUACGUACACGGAUACGGCCUGGCCACUCUUGCCACGCCUGUGGCUAAGGUCGCGCAUGCUCCAGUCGUUUCCUCGUACUCGACCGUAAGCAAGCACGUGGCUCAUGCCCCUGUUGCCAAGAUCGCUGACAACCCAGUUCUUGCGGCUCCCAUCUACGGCCAAUCGGCCGCCUACGGACACCAAGAAGCUGCCGUUGCCGCCGCCCCUAUUACGAAAGCAGCUGCUGCCCCUGUCCUUGCCGCUCCCGUUUAUAGCCAUGCCGCUGGCUACGGAUAUCACGGAGCUACCCUUGCCGCCCCCAUUGCCAACGUCCCUACGUCUGUCCUGGCUGCCCCUGUUUACAGAACAUAUGGAGCUCACUUUGCUGCCCCCGUGGUUAAGGUCGCUCAUCAAAGCCACGGACACUACUAA